CCGGACAAGGAGCAGGGCUCAGGGCCACCAUGGUGACCAAGGGCGUCUCAGAACCCGCCGCGCUGAGGAAGAUGCUGAAGCCGCUGGCGGAGAAGCGCAGGCGGGAGAGGAUCAACCGGAGCCUGGAGGAGCUGCGGGUGCUGCUGCUGGACCGGACCCGGCACCAGACCCUGCAGAACCAGAAAGUGGAGAAGGCCGAGAUCCUGGAGCUGGCUGUGCGCUACCUGCGGGACUGGAGCGCCCCCGCCGGGCGGGGAGCCGAUCCGGCGGGGGAGGCCGACCCUCUGCAGCGCUGCUACCUGCUGGGCUUCCGGGAAUGCCUGCUGCGGCUCUCUGCCUUCGUCCGCGAUGCCCAGCCCUGUGUGCAGGGCCAGCUGCUCGACACCCUGCACCUCUACCUGGCUGCCAAGUGCCGCCAGGUGCCGCCGGAGCCCAGCCCGCCGGAGCCGGCCUGCAGGCUCCGGCCUGGCCUCCCUCCCCCGCCCGCCUGCCCGGUCUCCCCCAGCCCAUCCUCACCCGCAGUGCCACGCCACCAACCCUUUCAUCGCCCCGGGGCCCCGGAGACGGCUCAGAGACACACGGACGAGGCAGCGACUUCGAAAGGGGAGCCCCCGCAGCCGGCCGUCUGGAGGCCGUGGCCUUAGGCCUCGCAACGCAGACACUGUACAGACCUCCUUGGAUAAGUACUGACCCCUCCCUUCAGGCCGUGUACAUAAUGUAAAGUUUUAUCUAUAUAGCCCGCUCCUUGCCCAUCCUCUGUUCCCGCAAGUCCCGUUUCCUGGCCUGCACCGGGAACACGUCUUUUCGGUGGAGCUGGGAGGGGGAGGAUUUUUUUCAUCCGCAACGUGAUUGCUGGUGAAAAAUGCAGAUUGGAUGACACCGAAAGGGCUCAUGAAUCUGCGGCGGUUUGACCUAAUUCUUCGCUUCGGGGCUCAGGGGGGGGGGAAUGGUGUGCAUUUUGAGGGGGGGGAUUGAAUUUGAAAGUGGCGAAAAGUUUCAUUUUGCCGUUCUUGAAGUGAGGCGUUUUUGUCAGGGGAGCGCCGAUUUUUUGUUUGGAAAUUCGCUUCCAUUUUAUGUCUUUUUUUUUUUUUUUUAAAUAUCCUCCGUGUGCUUAAAUAGGGCUGAAAUGAAGAGUAGGGCGAAAUGUUUCAUUCUGAUGUUUUGCAAAUGAAAUCUUUUGCUUCUUCAGUGACAACUGACUUUUCAGUUGGAAAAUUUCCUUGGAUUUAAACCCCCCCACCCCCUUUUAAAUGGGAAGCGGUGAAAUGGUCUUAUUUAAACCAGAGCAAAUUUGUUUGUGAACCCCAUCCCGGCAGUUGAAACCUGGCUGCCAGCAAUUGGUGUGCAUGCAACAGGGUAAACUCAACUUUUUUGCCCGGAUCAAGUCGAAGUAGACAAGAAGGAAUGAUCAUCUCAGCUGUACAGUGGGUGAACUGUGGAAGCAACUUUAGGUCUGGUCUACACUUAAACGUUAGGUCAACCCAGCCCCGAUGCGUUGGUGUAGAUGCGGCUAGCUUGACGGACGAAUUCUUCCAUAGAUCUAGCUGCCACUGGAGGAAGUGUCUACACCAUGACACUACAAUGGCAUAGCAGCAGUUUUGUACCUGGACCCCCAUGGUGUAGACAUGCCAAGGAGACCUUGAUAGGCUCCAGAAUUGAAUGCAGAUUUUCUGAGAACCUUAUCAUUACUGCUUAUAUUACCAUAUUGUGCUAGGUGCCAGAGAAACAUGGAACAAAAAGAUGGUGUUGUUAAAAGCCCAUCGUUGAGGGCUAGCCACACUUUACUUAGCUCACAUACCCAGCCAACUGAGUACUCCCAAAUUCACAGGCUAAGACUUGCAAAAGUAAGUCGUGAUCGCAGGUAACCAACCUUAACAGAACCAGAUUUUUAAAGGCACUUUCUGAUCAUGAGGCUCUUUGGGUGGUGAAUCCAGGUGGGCACUGAAAACUCGAAAUGAAGAUGCCAAAAAUCACUGGCUGCAUUUGAAAAUCUCAAGCCCGGAUUUUAAGGUGGUUUUGUCUGGAGCUGUUUCAAUUUACGGAUUUUUCUGUUAGCUGGCCAAAUUCAAAAAUUGGGGCAAAUAAUAAUCGUGAGUUGCCCACCAACUGAUUUAAAAAAAAACAUUUCAGCAAACUGAAAGCAGAAAUAAACCAACCCCCCCCAAAUUGUUUCAACUUUUCGUUUGACUUGGUUCAUUUCGGAGCUUUUAAAAAAAUCUUUAUAACUGAAUAAAAUAGCCGAGAAAUGCGAAAUGAAAAGUGGUUUUGAAUGGAAAUGUUUUGUUUUGACCCCCGUCUCAGUGAAACGUUUUGAAUCCCUCUGCAACUAAAACAAUUUAUUGAAUUCAACACAAAUUUGCCAAAAUGUUUCAGCUGACCCCGCGCUGCAUUCUUCCGGUGGAAAAAAGUGUCACCCAAAGAAUUUCGCCUAGCCCGAAUUCUGAUUAGAUAGAUCUAUUGCCCGCUUGACGCCUGCCAAAGAAUUCCAGCCCCCAACAUCCGCCAAAAAUCACCUUUAGCCCGGUAUCCUUAAAGCUAAGCAAUGAAUGCUGGAAGGUCUUGAUUUCUGUAGGGAUCGCGAUUAUUUUUUUUUUUUUUUACAGGUAAGUAGCAGAAAUAAGAUUUGCAAUCUGGCUCUGGGGGGAUUUGAAUCCACCACCUUUGAAUGGCUGUACUUUAGAAGUCUAAUAUGCAAUCAGUUGCAUCACAGAGCCAACUAUACAGGUAUUUAAGUUUUCUUUUAAUGGAUGACGGCCUUUGGUGUCUGCAAUGGUGUUUUAUAGCAGACUCUAUUAAAAGCUCUGUGUUUUAAAACUAUAAUCUUGAAUUCCAACCGUGUAAACCACCCGCAAGUUGCGUGCUCUGUCAUAGGAUGCCGAAGUAUGAAGGAAAUUGUCAUGUUCUAGAGAAGAGGACUAUUUCCCCCAAAUAUUCUCCCAUCCCUGCACAAAGGGAACGGUGUGUAGGGGUAUUUUUGUGCAUUUGUGGCUGAUGUCCACUUGUAAUGUGCAUGGAGCUAUGUGGUAGCCAGAAUUUCUGUUUUGUUAGAAAUGCUGCAAUUUCAGGGGGGCGGGGGGGGGAAUUCAUUCCAAAUCAGAACACCGACACCAAAUGGAAAUUCCCCAUAAAUGAAAUGUUCAAGGAAAAAUAAAACCCUUUUGGCCCAAUUAGAAUGUUCCAUUCCAGUUUCCCUGCUUACGAUAUAGCCCUGGAAAUGAAUUUUAAAGUAGAAGUGCAUUUUGAAAGGCAAAGUUGCUUCAAAAUGAAAAAUCAAAACUUUUCCAGGUGGAUGGUUAGCGAACGGCUUUCUUUUGAUUGUUUUGCCCACGCAAAAGGUCACUGAAAUGGACAUGUUCCCAUGAAAUGUUAGCUUUUCAUGAGCUGGCCAAUUUUCCAGUGGCAAACUGGUAGGUUGAAAUUUUUCCAACUGGCUUUCUAUGUGCCUGUAUCCUUUGGGUGUGUCUCUGUAUAGCUGUGUCUUUAUCUCUCUAUAUUUGUGUGUGUGCAUCUCUCUAUAGUUGUGUGUGUGCUUUUAACCCGCUCCGAGCCCGGUGCGGGAAAACAUUGCUGUACAUGGAAAGCGCAUCCCACCGCUGACACCAGCAGAGCUGAACAUCUUGUUGCCCAUCUGACUUUGCACCAGCUUUCAAGCUUUGUAGGGCUCCUGCUUCACCCUGUCAGCUCUGCCCAGUGAGUCCAGCUGAGAUCAACUCCUGGUCAAAGGCUCUUCAGGGACUGCAGCAGGUAUCUGCAGUGACGCCCAGCUGUACAGAGUUGGGUUUAUUAGUCAGCUGGAAUUGGGAAGUCUUUAGGUUAGCAUGGAGGACCCAAGCUUAAGACAUCAUCAGCCAAGCUGCCUUGGGCUGUCUCUUCAUCAGUCCCAGAUGAGAGCCAGAUCUUAUCCCCUGCUCCUCUCCCCUCUUGGCCCACCACUGUCCCUUCACCACUGAGCUCACGUGACCAAGUUUCCCAUCCUUAGAUGUUAAUUGAUCCGUACUUGGGGUGCCCAUUGUCUGUCCGGAUCCUCCACUGAUCAGUUAUGGCCCCCUUUAUUCACUCCAGCCAGUUCCAAGACCCUGACACCUCAUGUCUCCUGGAAGAGCAGAUUUCACCCCAUGGGUAGCCAGCCGUAGGUCUGGUCUACACUAUAAGAUUAGGUGGUAUAACUACAUUGCUCAGGGGGGUGAAAAAAUUGACACCCCUCCUCCCCCCACGAGUGGCGUAGUUCAGCUGACCUAAAUCCCCAUGUAGACAGCAAUAGGAAAUCUUCCCUUGAUGUAGCUAGUUGGAUUACCUAGGCUGCUGUAGUGUUUUAAGUGUAGACAACCCUUCAUCAAGUAAGUCCCUGGUAGGCCUAGCAUUCACAAACAUCCUACAGAAAAAUCCCGCUUCAGGGUGAGGAGGAUCCCUGAACUUUUGGAGGCUGGACUGGGUGAAA